AUGGUGGGCGUAGGCGGCCGAAGCAAGGGCUGCCGAACCUGUCGGCGGCGCAAAAUCAAGUGCGACGAAGGGAAGCCGGGUUGCGAACGCUGCAGAAAGUCUGGCUUCGAUUGCGAAGGCUACGUCAAGUACCACGAGUUUGUGGAUUUAACAGCUCGCCUGAUUCGCAAUGAUCCCCCAAAGAAGGAACCCGUGACGGAAACAGCGUUGCUUGCCAACGCGGAUGGUGAUAGUCACGGGGAGCUGGGUCGUGAAGUCCAAGCCUCGUUUAUGAUCAAUCCUUCCUUGGAUGAGGACAGUAUUUUCACAUCUCAUCUCAUCCACAGACUCUUUAGCUGGCAUGAGGAUGACUUGUCGCCGUACUCGGCGUCCUGGAUUUCGGUGCUUUUCCGCCACCCCGAGGAUCCAGGAGGUUUGCCCAUGCGUUCAGUGCGUGCUUUGGCGACUUCCUACUUCGGAAAGGUACAUGGUCAUCAAGAUCUCAUGCGCAAGGGCGCAAACUCGUACUCCCAGGCUUUGCGAAUUCUGCGCGGACAGCUACAGCAUUAUGAUCAAGUCUUAGAGUCAGAGGUGGUCGUCGCGAUCGUCUGUCUUGGGAUUUAUGAAUUGGUUACCUUUACACAACCCUGGGCUUGGCUACAGCAUUACAAGGGCCUAGCCCGACUUUCUAUUGGGCAUAUUGUUGAUCGUAAACGUUGUUUUCUGGAAGAUCCAGCAUGGAAAACAAUCCCUUGGGCGAAGAAAGGACAAGAUGCAAAGACGCCGACAGAUCGUGUGCUCGAUAUUCUGUGUGAUAUCCCUGGUAUUCUAGAGGAUUAUGAUCGGGCCUUGGACCCAAUGACACCCAAUCAGGCACAAUUUACAGCGGAGCUUUGCACAAAAAUACUAUCCACGAUGGACGCCCUCUACAACUGGCGGUGGGCCUGGCAGGAGGAAUUCCCAAAUGCAACAUAUCUCACAGUUCCAAACAAUGCCAGUUCACCAGGCUCCAUGCAAUUACCUCCCAGUCCAUUCCAGACAGUCAUUUGGUUUCAGGAUCCUCUUCGUGCCACCGAGCUGAGCUUUUACGAUUCAUUGCUGUUGAUUCUGCAAGGAAUGUGUGAGAGGUUCGGUAUAGGCAUGGAGCCCUCUUUUGUGCCACUCAUGAGCGAUCCUCUUCUUCCGAUGCAGGGAACUAGAAUGGAUACCACUCGUGAGAUUUGCAGAAUGGCAGAUUACCAACUCCAUGACCUUCGGCGGAGCUCCGGGGCGUUUAUGCUCCUAUUUCCGCUCAAUGUAGCGUAUAGGAAUCUUAUCCCGAAUUCGGUUGAGGCGCUUUGGUUGGAGAAAAUCAUGGCUUUGAUUGCUGACACGCAUGGAUUUGAGAUGAGUCGACGAGAGAAUAUGCCCAGGCCAUAA